GCAACGAAAUAUAUAAAAUUAUUAACUAUGUCAAAUCCUAUUGUUCCUGGAUAUGACAUUGUGAAUAAAAUUGGAAGUGGUAGUUACUCAAACGUAUAUAAAGGAUUUAAACAAGGUAAAGAAAAAGUAAAGAAACCAGUAGCUAUUAAAUGCAUCUUGAAAGGUAAUCUUUCUGGAUCUGCUGUGGAUAAUAUCAUAUCAGAAAUAAAACUUCUCAAAACAUUAAAACAUGAACAUAUUGUAGAAAUGAUAGACUUUCUUUGGGAUGAAAAACAUAUUUUUAUAAUUAUGGAAUAUUGUACAGCUGGUGAUUUAUCAUCUUAUAUUAAAAAGCAAACUUGUUUACCUGAACUAUAUUGCAAAAUAUUUCUACAACAAUUGGCAUUAGCUUUAAAAUAUAUGCAGGAACAUAAUAUUUGUCAUUUGGAUUUGAAGCCCCAAAAUUUGCUUCUUACUAAUAAUCCCAAUUUGACAUUAAAAGUGGCUGACUUUGGUUUUGCAGUGCACACAUUACCUGAUAAAGAAAUGACAUCAGUGAGAGGUUCACCUCUAUAUAUGGCUCCUGAAGUUAUACUUAAAGGCAGAUAUGAUGCAAAGGCAGAUUUGUGGUCCGUCGGAGUUGUUCUUUAUGAAUGCCUAUUUGGUAAAGCUCCUUACUCUUCACAAACUGUAAAAGAGCUUCUUACAAAAAUAAAAAACCAAACUCCAAUAGAUUUACCAGCAAAUUCUAAAGUUUCUCCAGAAUGCAAAGAUUUGUUAAAAAGGUUAUUGCAAUCUGAUCCUAGUAAAAGAAUUACAUAUGAAGCAUUUUUUGCACAUGAGUUUCUGGAUUUGAAGCAUAUGCCUACUGAAGAGAAUUAUAGGAAAGCUAUAAAAAUUGUAGAAGAAGCUAUUGAAGCAGAUAAACAGCAAGACAUUGAACAGGCUGUGUUUUUAUAUAGUGAAGCUUUAAGUUAUUUGAUACCAUUUUUAAUAGCUGAACCUGAUAAUGACAGAAAACUGAAAAUUAGAAACAAUGUUCAUGAAUAUAUUCAAAGAGCAGAACUUUUAAAAAAUAUUUUAAAGAAAAGUAAACCCAACUUAUCUGAACCUUCUACUUCAUUAAAAGAACUAUCUGAUCAGAAACAGAUUAAAAUAUCAAGCAUACAAAAAGCACUAUCACCUUCUGAAGAUUUUAAAAUAUUGCGUCAGCUUUGCAGCAAAAACAGUACUUUACUCUCAGCACUAGAUCAGGGCAGGACAGGGGAGUUAUAUAUUGCUGAGGGUUCUUACAACAAUGCUUUAGAAACUCUGCAAGGAGCAUUAAGUCAACUUAUGCCUAUUCUUAUAAAAGAGCCUGCUGGAGACCGGAAGAUCCUUUUACAUAACCAGGUAGAGCAAUGGAUGAAAGCAGCUGAACAUUUGAAAGAACUUUUAGCAGCAACCAGUUUAAAAGAAUCAAAUCCUGUAAAAGAUAAUUGCUUCUUGCAGUAAUGAAGUGAUCACAAUGAUAAUUAUUUUGUGGGCUUAUGCAUGAAAA